AUGCGUAAGAGGUUUCACGGUCUGAAGAAACNNCCGUAUGCCAUUCGCCCUCCGUUCCCUCGCGCACCCACUGACAGCGCGCAGAAAGUCCGAGCCGACUGGUCAAAAUGGUCCUUGUAUAACAUCUCGCGCCUUCAAACUCCCUACGCCGCUUCAAAGACCUUCUUCCAGCAAAAAUGGCUAGCAAAGUCCCUGACCCGUGCCUACCACGGCGAGCAGAUUCGUGAAGGAAAAUGGACUCGCAUGUUUGACCGUCGCCUCCCCGCCGUCGUUCCCAUGGACUACAAACUCCUCGCCCGUACAGAUGGCUCCGAGCAGGCUACUGGCCGUGGCUCUGGUCUCAACAUCAGGAAGAGAAAGGACGACUCGGAGCAAUCAGAAAGGCCAAAGCCUCCGCAAAGGACUCCAUACAUGCACAUGACAUAUUUCCCAACUGAGCGCAGACUUGAUACUGCUGUCUGGCGUGCUCUGUUUGCUAGCAGCGUCCGUCAGGCAAGACAAUUCGUUGUUCACGGCUCUGUCAAGGUCAACGGAAAGAAGAUGCAACAUCCGGGCUACCUUCUCAAUCCGGGCGACAUGUUUUCAGUAGAACCCGAACGCGUUCUCUACGCUACUGGCGCACGCAAGCACAACAAGAACUCUCCGGACACACUGCAAGGCCGCGAAGAGCCCGAUGAGGUCGAGCAGAUUGUGGAUGACGAUGCCGAGGAUAUUCCUGACGAGUCUGAAAAAAAGGACAACGAGGACGGCUCAAAGGCAUCUGCCAAAUCUACCAAGACGAUUCCAUCAGCCGAUGAGGAUCCCAAGGCCGCUCUCAAGUCGUUGCUUGCUCGUGCACAAGACAUUACUAGAGACAGCAAGGAAGGCUUGUCUGGCAAGCGCAAGCAGGACCUACGCGCCUUUGCCAAGUCUGUUAAGCAAACCAUGUCCCGUCUACGACCCUCGGGAAUUGCUAAGCCUGGUACCGAGACCAUCGACACAUUGGAGGAGACGCUAAAGGCCAUCGCUGCCAAGGUGCCCGUCGAAGGUGCACCAGCAGAGGCUGCCCUGCCCGACCAGCAACAGAAACCGGUCAAGAGAGAAGAUGCGUUCCGCGCACGCAAAGACGCUGAGCUACUACACGCCGCGCUUGCGCGUGCAAACGAGAACCCGAUUGAUGCAUCAAAGCCAUAUGCUACACCUUGGAGACCGCGUGAGUUUAUGAGCGCAUUUGCAUUCAUCCCGCGGUACUUGGAGGUCAACCAGAAGAUCUGCAGUGCCGUCUACCUCCGUCACCCCGUCGCUCGACCUGGCUUGGCUGAAGUACCCACACCGUUCGCCAACGAGACAAUGGCUCUUGCAUUCAACUGGUACCUCCGCAGACGUUGA